AUGCCAUCUUCUAGCACUCACUUUUGUUUUGCCACUUGCCACUCUGCAGCAAGAAAUGAUAGAGCUCAUGUGAUUUUCAACGGCCAUUGCCAAGACUGGGUCAGAGGGAUCUCUGGGAAAAACAUCUCUCUUCAGUUCACUUUCAAUGUUAGUGUCACAAAUGAGAGCAAAUUUGCCGUUUAUAUCACAGGAGAAAAGAAAAUCACUGAGUAUCCGACAUUCAGAAGCUGCUUUGACAUUUACCCCCAAAACUCAUCUGUGUUUUACCACAUCUCAAAUCUCACCUUGAAUAACAGUGAGCUAUAUUGGGCCAGUUUGUUUGACAAAUCAAAGCCAGCAGAAAUGAGUAAUAAAGUUUACCUGACCGUUCAAGAGGAUCCCAAAAACCCCACAGAUUCUUCGCUACCUUUUACACCCAAAAUUGUUACAGGCAGUGGAAGUUCCGAGUUCAUCUCCAAUAGAAAUUUGGCUGUCCUUGUGGUUACUCCUGUGAUGCUGCUAGCUGUUGGGCUGCCGUUUCUUCUCUGUUGCCUUAUAAAAACGAAAGAUAAACAACAUGAAGGACCACAGAGAAAUUCAAAUCCCACAGUACAGGAAUCUAUUGAGGGUUCCAUUAAUGCUCCUGGACCUUCGCUGAUCUACAGUGUGCUGGACUUCCCCAAAAGUCCUCAAGCAGUUGUGGAGUUUCACCCCAGUGAUACAGAGUAUGCCUCUAUCAGCUAUGCCCCGGAAAAACGACUGUGACUCACAUCUGCAAGCAGCCUUUAUCAGUUUAUACAUACUGCCUAACAAUAGAAGGAUGAUUAAAUCUGCCUCAUGGAACUGCUCAGGCUGUAGCUGAUUUGGCAAAAUGUCAAUAAGAAUUGCAUAUGGCCGAUCUGAGCUUAUGUUGUUCAUGGUUAAGAAAUACUUAAUUUUUGUUUUCUUCUCUCUACUUUGAGGCAAAGAUCCAGGAGAAAAAAGCAAAGUAAUGCUAUAAAUAUAAACACACUUCAGUAAGGGAACAUGCCACGAUAUUAACAUACAAAUUAUAGAUACAGAUCUGGGACAGACACUUUUACCCAAAAUGAACCAAUACAUUUUUCCUUUUCUAAGAGGAGAGUCAUUCUCACAUGUGAUUUAGGAACGAUAAUCUUCUUUUAAUGCCAUUUGUGUUAUUUUUCAUGUACUUUAAAGAGAAAAAAAGCCUGCCAGAAACUAAAGCUUAGGAACAUUUCUCACAUUUCUUAUCAGUUUACUAUCACAGUUUUGAUUGUUCACCUUCUUUAUAAUGAAACAAAACUGAAAGACUAAUCUAAGAUGCUUUCAUAACGUGCAAGCUGUGCCUAGCUAACGAUUGUUCUGCCAUGUCUAAAAUGUUGUCUGCUCAGAGGUAACAGGAGAGAUUUCCGUUGUUUAUUGGCAUCAGGUUUCACAUACACAUACAAAUACAUACAUACAAACUAUCGACACUAUCUCACUUAUAUUUUACCCGGCAUAAUCUUGAAGGUUCUCAAUUUGCUGGUGCUCACUUAAGUAUUUGAUUUGUCAGAUAGAUUUGUGCUGUUUUAGUUCUCAAGAGCGUUUUUUUUAGUGUUUGUGUGUGUGUGUUCAAAUUAUGCGAUGGAGUCAGACUUGCCAAAUAGUUGGCAGAGGAAAAAGCAGGCUGACUAUGUGUUCCGGAUGUUGCUCAUUACUCAGGAAGGAGAGCAACCAACUCAGCCAGUAAAUUAUGUCAGUGGUUUUUAAGAUAAGUGGUCUAGUAGGCAUGCAGCUAAACCCAGAAAGAAGAUUAUUUUCUUCUUUGAAAAGGCACAUUGGGAGAAAAAGCUGAUUUUGUGUCAGGAUACAAGCAUCUCACAUGUUAGAUUUCUACUUCUGUUACUUCCUCCCAAACUCAAGUUAUUUUGUGUUGUAGGAAAAAUGCACAUCUUUUAUUUGUUUUUGUAGUGAUAUAAUUGUAAGACAUGCCCUGUUUGUGA